AUGAUGAAUGGAGAAGCAGCCGAGAGCGUUCCGGCUGUGAGUCACGAUGCAGUGGUCAUUGUGCUCGACAAUCUCUUCAAGACUUACUUACUGGGCGUCGAGGGCGUGCCUGCGCUGCGAGGCGUCAGCCUCACCAUCACCAAAGGGGAAUUCGUCACGAUACUUGGUAAGCUGGCACAUACACAGAUCAGGCGGUGCGCACUCACUCAGGGCCAAUGUUUUUGUUGGUAUGCAGGCAAGUCUGGCGGAGGGAAGACGACCAUGUGUAAGCGAAGCUUCCCUGAUGCUGACUAAGAUCCAUCGAUAUCGCAGGGCUUUCUUUCGUUCGCUUGUCAAUUUGCAGUGAACAUCAUCGGGACAAUCGACAAACCGACCAAGGUGAGAUGGAGUGAAGGUCUGUUGAGCGAUAUAUAUGAUGCGCGCCGCCGUCCUGCUCUCUUGUUCUCAGGGCAGUUUGUGGCUGUGUGGCCAUCGGAUACACUCGCAGACGUUUGAAGACUUCCUCGCUGCUCUCAGACUCUCCCAAAUAGGUGCGGCCCGCUGCAGAUGAGGCAGGAAGAGAUCACACAUGGCCGGCUGGAUUGUCGUUUGUCUGUUCACUGCGUGCAGGUUUUGUUUUUCAGACAUUUAACCUGAUAUCGUCGCUCAGCGCCUUGGAGAAUGUCUGCCUGCCCAUGAUGCUCUUGGUGAGGGGGAGAGGGCCCAUAUCGAUGGAUGGACGGAUGAUGGAUCGAUCCCACCACGUUGCUUGCCUGCCUCUUGUGUCAAUCAGGGCCGGCUGACAUCUGAUCAGAUUCGUCAGCGUGCGGAGCGACUUCUCACUGAGGUACGCCACAUCACGUCACGUGGGUGAGAUUCAACACUCGCGCAUGGUGGCGUCCGUUGCCCUCGGUAGGUUGGUCUGGGCCACAGAUUGAAGCACAUGCCAAAUAUGCUGUCGGGCGGAGAGCAACAGCGCGUCACCAUUGCGAGGUGUGUUCGUGGCCUAUUGAUUGGUGUCGCUGCCCGUUGUGUCAUUCCUUCGUGUGUGCAGGGCUCUUGCCAAUGAGCCGUCGAUCUUGUUGCUGGACGAGCCUACUGGAGAUCUCGACAGCCACAGCUCGGACGUCAUCAUGCAAAUGCUCUACAACCUCAAUCGAGACAAGAGCAUCACCACGGUAGGUACCAUCUACACCCACCCUUUGUGCCAAAAGCUCUUGUUUUUGGCUCUGCGUGCAGGUCAUGGUGACGCAUGACGUGUCGCUCAAGAACUUCGGCUCAAGGGUGAGCUGCAGCGGUCGUAUAUGUGCAACGAAGGUAUUGGUUGGCACUGUGUGCAUCUAAUCUAGGUGAUCCACAUGGUGGAUGGAAAGAUCCAGCGGGAGGAAAGGGUACCUGCCUACCAAAAUGCAUCAUCACUCAGCAGGUCGUAUGUGUCUGGCUGUGUUGCCUUUUUCGGUCAGAUCGCUGACAUUGAUCGGAUUGCCAAGUCCAGUGAAAUCGCUCAGCGGCUUCACGGCGGCAGUGCGACAUCGUAUGGCAUGCAGUGCAGUGAAUGAGGAGAGAAUUCCGAGACUGCAUCUUGCGAUUCUCAUCGGUUUGGUGUUGUGUGAUUGUGCAGAGACGUAGAUGCGACUAGUCGCCCUCCAGCCCCGAUAGAAACCUUCUCCACGACCCGAACGCUCGACGACUAUGACGCUCUGGGUACCAGAAGACUCCCUUGUGAUCCAAUCAGAGGUGCACAUGGGCGCUUUGUUGUGUGCAGCGGAAUGCAUGGCGUAGAUCAGAAAGCCGUCGAGGGAGUUGCAGAGCCUUAGAUAGUUGCAUCAAGGCUGUGUUUGUUAGUGAGGACCAAACUGGCAUGUUGUUGUUGAUAGACUGCUAAACAUUCAUUCACGAUAUCUGCU